AAUAGUAAAUACUAAAUACUUAUUUAAUUUGACUGUAUUCAAAAUAAGGUUUUCCGAUUUGUUAAAUGUAUUUUAUAUUACUAUUGCUACAACUUACAAGUAACACUUUUCUGUUCUUAUGAAAUGUUUUUCCAGUAAAUUCAAGUUUCAAUUGCAAUAUUAUGAACACAUAAUAUAUUAUCCCGACGUAUGUUGUUUUUGAUAGAUGAACCAUGAAUUCACUGAGAGAAUCGUCUGUUUGUUAAUGGAAGUGUCUACUUGUUUCGUUUGAAGUGUUUUCGUAACUACUUUAAUUUAACGUUUUGUAUCUUGGUGCGAUUUUGUGCGAAAAUAUGGUCGAAGAAAAUCGAACAGAUUUUGGACAAGUGGACAUCGUUGAUGAUGACAAUAUGGUCCGGUUGCCGCGACAGCGUAUUGUCGAUAUGUAUAAAAACGCUAUGUCGCGCGUUCGCGUUUUAGAAGCAAAGGCGAACGAAGCUACAAUAUGUAUUAGAUGUAACCUUUUGUGUGACAAGAGAGAGCGGACAGACCAAGAUUUUCGUAAAUUAGUUUUACGAGAAAAAUGUUUAUUAAGAAAAUUGACUAUUAAAGAACAAGAAAUACAAGAAUAUGCUGCACAAUUGACAGCCAUGCGAAAUUCUAUUCAAAGCAAUUCAAUAUCCUCACUAAAAUGUUCAUUACAAGAUCCAGCAGUAAAUCUUUUGAUUCAAAGAUUACGACAAGACCUUUGUGCAACAAAAAUUAGAUUGGAAGAAACUCAAAGCGAAUUGAAUGCCUGGAAAUUUACACCAGAUAGUAAUACUGGAAAAAGAUUGAUGGCAAAAUGUCGUUUACUGUACCAGGAAAAUGAAGAACUUGGUAAAGUAGUAAAUAGCGGCCGAGUAGCUAAGCUUGAAGGUGAAUUAGCAUUGCAAAAAAACUUGAGUGAAGAAGUUAAAAAAUCACAGUCAGAAUUGGAUGAAUUUUUACAAGACUUGGAUGAAGAUGUUGAAGGAAUGCAAAGUACAAUAUACUUCUUACAGAAUGAACUUCAGAAGUAUAAAACUUCUGUUCAAAGUACUGACAAUUCUGCAAACAAAGAAACUAAUCCAAAAUCUAUUGUUAACGGUAAUAAAAAAGAUGAUGUUAGUGCAACUGUGAUGUCUGUAAAAUCAAAAACUGAAAUACCAACUCAAUUGGUCAAAAACCUGCCAAAACCUGAUAAUAAGUCAAGUAAACACAAUAAACCAAAAGAAUCUAAGCAAUUAACUGAUGGUCAAAGUAUUAUUGCUAAAGUAAAAAAAAUACGACCAGUAAUAGCAGAAGGUACAGUCCAAAGUGAGCAAUCCCCUAAAGUACAUAAAAGUAAACACAAAUCAGAUGGAAGUAAAAAUGAAGAUAAACGAAAAAAGUCUGAAAAAAGGUCCCAUAGCAAAGGUGAAGUAGUACAUAAAAAGUCAAAAAGUGAGCUUCCCAAAAAUAUUGAAGUGAAGACUCCCGUAGAAGUAGCUAAUGGACUACCCAAUGGUUCAUAA